UUGACAGGGUCACUCGUUCUUUCGUUUAUCUUUCUCUCGCUUUCCCCUGGCGCUAGGGCAUGUAGGAUAUAUUUCAUUUGCGAUAUCUCAAAGAGUUUGAGUCGCGCGCAGUUGUCUGUAGCAGGUCACUGGCGGGAUGUUCCUCGCGGAAAUGCACCGCUCGGCGAUCCUCAUACUGUCGUUGCUGAGCAUCCAAGCCUUAGGUUGGCCCUACACCGAGUCGCUCGUUGACUAUAAUUUGAACGAAAACAAAACCGCCGAAUCACCGAUUGAUUAUUGGGGAGAAUGGCCCAAUCAUAAAUAUCAUCCAUCGCCCGAAAACUGGCGCUUCCCUAUUUACACGAUAUUUUUGGACCGCAUAUCGAACGGUGAUCCCGCGAAUGAUGACAUUAACGGGACCGCCUUUGAGCAUGUGGUGGGCUCGAAUCAGAUGCGCCAUGGAGGCGAUCUCGCUGGUUUGAUCGAUACGCUGGACUAUAUCAGAGGCAUGGGUUUCAAGGGGAUUUACUUCGCCGGAACGUACCUGAUGAACCUUCCCUGGGCCUACGAUGGAUACUCUCCGGUCGAUACCACGUUGCUCGACAUGCAUCACGGCACACUGGAUGAUUGGAGACGGACGAUCACUGAGAUCCAUAACCGAGAUAUGUACGUGCUUAUGGACAACACGGUGGCAACGUUGAGUAACCUUAUAGGUUUCAAAGGCCAUCUGAACGACUCGGCCGAUUUCCGCAUAGACGAAUAUGAAGUCCAAUAUAUUUCGGAACGUGUGUAUGCCGAUUUCAAAUUUGGCAAUGAGUACAAUGAAACCUGCAACUUUCCGAAAUUCUGGAAUGAGACUGGCUACCCGAUCACAUCAGGCGAAGCUACAGAGUUGAAGGGUUGCUACAACAGUGAUUUCGACCAGUUCGGAGAACUGGAGGCCUUCGGUAACUUCCCUGACUGGAAGCGUCAACUGACCAAGUUCGCCUCGGUGCAAGAUCGUCUACGUGAAUGGCACAAGCCGAUCCGUGAUAUCCUAACCAGGCAUUCCUGCAUGCAGAUUGCUAGUCUGGAUAUCGAUGGGUUCCGUUUCGAUAAAGCCGUACAGACAACUCUCGAGCCCCUGAGCGAGAUCACUGCAGUCUAUCGCGAAUGCGCGAAGAAAUAUGGCAAGGAUAACUUCUUCCUUCCCGGAGAGAUCACGUCUGGAGAUACCUUCGGCAGUCUUUAUCUUGGUCGCGGUCGUCAGCCGGAUCAGCGUCCUGAAUCUGCCGGUGCUGGUGCCAAGUUGAAGAACGAUUCGGACGCCUCAUACUUUCUGCGAGACGAUGGGUACCAGGCGUUGGAUGCCGCCGCGUUUCACUAUACGAUCUACCGUUCGAUGACUCGUUUCCUAGGCAUGGAUGGUAACUUGGUUGCUGGGUUCGAUUUGCCCACUGAUUUCAUCGAGGCUUGGAAUGGGAUGCUGGUUAACAAUGACUUCCUUAAUGCCAUCACAGGCGAAUUGGACCCGAGACAUAUGUACGGCGUCUCGAAUCAAGACAACUUCCGCUGGCCGGCAGUGAAGAACGGCACGGAGAAAUAUCUUCUGGGUCUGUUUAUCGUCACACUAGAGCUUCCUGGAAUCCCUCUUAUUCUGUGGGGCGAAGAGCAGGCGAUGUAUGUUUUCGAGUCUACCGCCUCUAACUAUCUAUUCGGUCGUCAGCCGAUGACCUACCAGACCGCAUGGUGGACGCAUGGUUGCAUGACUUUGAACACAUCGAAAUUCUACGAUUUCCCGAAUGAGAAGGGUCUGCACGGUUGCCACGAUAUUACUGUUACCUACGACCAGCGGAAUCCUGCCCACCCGCUUCGCAAUAUCAUGAAGCGGAUGUUUGAGAUUCGAGAGCAGUAUGCGGUGGCUAAUGAUGGCUUGUAUUUGCAGACUAUCUCUCAGCUUACCAAGGACGUGUAUUAUCCUGGUUCAUCGACUACCCCGACGGUGACUGGCCUGUGGUCGGUGUUGCGAAGCUACUUCCCUGGAGUCCAGAAGGAGGCAUCGAAGAGCAACCAGACCCUUUGGCUCGUGUAUCAAAAUGAUAACAAGACCGUCACCUAUGGUGGUGACUGCAGCAAGAAAGACACUGCCUUGAUGGCCCCCUUCAAGUCUGGGACAAAGCUUAAGAAUCUCUUCUACCCUUACGAUGAGCUUACUCUAGAAGAUGGUCCCGGCGAGAUCGAAAUCCAGGGCAGCAGCGAGUCGUACGGAUGUAUUCGCAACAUGAAACUGUUGCCUUGGGAAUACCGUAUCUACGUGGAGUCCGCGAAUUUUGUCGAGCCCGGUCCCACUGUCACCGAGUUUGUCCCCGGCCACGAUGCCCGGCUGAUCUCCACGGAAGAAGACAAUGGUGAGACCCUGGACAUCCAGCUGGGGUACUCGAAAGAGAUGGACUGCCCCAGCAUUACCAAGGCUAUCACCCUGAACUCUACGACACAAAAGGGUAUCACGGCGUCUCUAGACAAAUCUAGUGUGUCUUGUGGCAAGGUCACUGCCAGGACCACCGAUAACAACUUUGUCGGGGAAGUCCCGACCGUUUGGACAUGGUCCGCCAAGCUGAAGGAUGUCCAUCAUGGAAUCCACCAGCUCAGUGUCAACAACGUGUCUACGCCCUCUGGGGCCCAUACGGAUGCGGUCGACCGAUUCUUGUUCCGUGUCGGAACUAAGAAUAACCCCCUUAUCUCCCCACUUUCUAAUUACUCUACCAGCCUUCUGCACAAGUCCGACGAUGAUAGCAUCUAUAUCAAGCAUGAUGCCGCUGGAGCCGACCAGUUCCGCUACUCCACUGAUUUUGGUCUGAGCUGGUCCAACUGGACGACGUACAACGGUGGCAACACGACGGUCGACUUCCCAACCUGGACCGGCACUGACGCCCAAAAGUGGGAAGGGUCUCAUGUCCGUGUACAGUACUUUUCCCGGCUCACUGGUAGCAGUGAUUACAUCCAGGAAGGUGAUUAUGGCUGGAAAGAAGGUGCUGUUCGAAGAUUCCCAAACAUGUUCUGGAACGGUCCAUACAAUCAAUAUGGUUACGAUUCAGGACUGGAUAGCAAGAUGAGAUACGACACCAAGAGUGGUCGCUGGAAGUACGAUUUCGUCUAUGAGUGGCCUGCUGUGGGUCAGAUGAGCGUCUGGGGAAUGAACAAGGAUGGCAUACCGGAUACCUCGGAGGUCUAUGGCGAUGUCGACAACUCGUCUGUCGUCCAAAAACUUCCCCCGUCCUAUCUUUCGUCAAACGUGAUUAACAUGACGAUUUUGCCGCCAUUCCCGCACCUUGGAUGGACCAUCUCGCUCAAUGACGCUAACCUGAGAUAUGAGUUGACUCCUGUUGGCUCUGGGUGGGCUCAGCUCGUGCUGUACGUUCUUCUCUGGGUUCUACCGAUUCUUAUGGCUCUUGCUGGUGUUUUCAUUUUCAUUAGAACUUUCUACCGCGUCAAGCUUAAUACGGAUGGCGACGUGGUGAAAGAGGAUAAGCUGCCGUUGCUGUUUUGGCGCAGGGUUAAAGGAAAGUUCACCGGAGACGGUGACUCAGAUACAAUGUCUGACAAGUCUCUGCCAACUGAUAUUGCCAUCGCGGGUGCUCCCGAGCAACGACGUACAGUCUUGAUUGCGACUAUGGAGUACAACAUCGAGGAUUGGAAGGUCAAGGUCAAGAUUGGCGGUCUAGGAGUCAUGGCACAACUCAUGUCCCAGCAUUUGAAGCACCAGAAUCUCAUCUGGGUUGUCCCUUGCGUCGGUGAUAUAGAGUACCCCACAGACACAAUAAUUGAGCCUUUUGUCGUUACAAUCUUGGACAAACCAUAUUUGAUCAAUGUGCAAUAUCACGUGGUUGAUAACAUUACCUAUGUCCUACUUGAUGCCCCGGUGUUCCGACAGCAGACCAAAGCCGAGCCUUAUCCCCCUCGUAUGGAUGAUCUAGACAGUGCCAUCUACUAUUCGGCAUGGAACCAGUGUAUUGCGGAGACAAUCAAGCGAUUCCCUUCCAUCGAUCUCUACCAUAUCAACGAUUUCCAUGGAUGUUUGGCGCCUCUUUACUUGCUGCCAUCGCGAACUAUUCCCGUCUGCCUGUCCCUGCACAAUGCGGAAUUUCAGGGCCUUUGGCCCUUGAGGAACCUGCAAGAGAAAAAGGAAGUCUGCUCGGUCUUCAAUCUCCCUGUCGAAGUUGCCACCAAAUACAGUCAAUUCGGAAACGUGUUCAACCUUCUGCACACCGGUGCUAGCUAUGUGCGAUUUUACCAACGUGGCUUCGGCGCCGUGGGUGUGUCCAAGAAGUAUGGAAAGCGUUCCUGGGCUCGCUACCCAAUUUUCUGGAGUCUUGAAAAGAUUGGAAGUCUUCCCAACCCAGACCCCUCCGACACUGGCACCGGGGGCGACGCAGAUGCGGAAGUUCCGAUCCAGUCGCUUGAUGAGCGUAUCCAUGACAAGUUACAGGCACAGAAGUGGGCUGGUCUCAACGAGGAUCGCAACGCUGACCUGUUGGUGUUCGUUGGACGUUGGUCGAAGCAGAAGGGUGUCGAUCUGAUUGCAGACGUCAUGCCAGCGAUCUUAUCCGCGAGACCCCAGGUGCAGCUGAUCUGUAUUGGCCCUAUCAUCGAUCUGUACGGCAGGCUCGCUGCGAUUAAGCUGGAGCGUAUUAUGCAAAUGUUUCCGGGUCGUGUGUUCUCUAAACCAGAGUUCACUGUUCUACCCCCAUACGUGUUCUCAGGUGCUGACUUCGCCUUGAUCCCCUCUAGAGACGAGCCAUUCGGGUUGAUUGCCGUUGAGUUCGGUCGGAAAGGUGCUCUGGGAAUCGGUUCUCGUAUUGGAGGUUUGGGACAGAUGCCCGGUUGGUGGUUCACUGUAGAGUCCGACGCAACCCGCCAUCUUCUCCAUCAGUUGAGAACUGCUAUCAAAUCCGCCCUGGACUCAUCCCAGGAGACUCGGGAAGAAAUGCGUGCAAAUUCCGUCAAACAGCAUUUCCCUGUCCUUGAAUGGAUCCAGAAACUCGAAGCCUUGCAACGCACAGCGAUUCAGAUCCACCACACGAAGAACAAGAACACUGUGACAGGCCCAAUGCCUGAGUCUCAGACGUACUGGGAGACACAGAGUGUACGGGCUUCCGCGCUGGGUCUCCCUGGACUAAACCGGUCAACAGCAGAUGGCUUCGAUACGCCCCCAGGAAUUACGAUCCAGAAUGCUGAGUCUCGACUCGAAGAGCUACAGGAAGAGGAAGGGAACAGGAGCAGCGGCUUGGGUCGCCAACUCUCUCUCGGUCGCCGAUCUGGGCCUGGCCAGGGCAGAAAGCGCCUCACCAAGAAGACACCGCGCGAGAGCCAAGUUCUCAACGAGCAAGAGAGCGACGAAACCACUGACGGCGAGGAAGAGGACACUGCUACACCGCAAGCUGACUAUAUUUCUCCUGAAGACGCUAUGGCUGCCGUGAAGAACGCUCUCGGAUCACAGGACAUUGGCGCUUCACACAUGAACAACAGUACUCACUCGCUGGGUGGUCCUCGUGCAUCAUCUUACGCUUCUGUGCCAGGCUCACCAUACCCUAUGUCCCGGGCAUCCUCUCCAGCUCCUGGUGCGCCUCAUUACCCAUAUCAAAUGGGUCUUGCUUCUGGCGAAAGCACGCUCUUCGCUCACUCCCGCAAUGUUUCCGUUCUUUCUUUUCAGUCAGUCGUUGGCGACCAAAACCAAAACCAGCCUGUAUACGAGCUGCAAAAGGUUGACCCAACAUUUACAGACAGCAUGGGUCACUUCACUAGGAACUUCGAAGAGCGCCUCAGCAACCUUAACAAGAAGAACUCGAUUACAGACUACUGUAUCGAGACAUACCUAAUGAAGAGCGAGAGGAAGUUCUAUAACAUGUACAACGACGCACAGCUGAAGAAGCAGCCUAAGGAUAUUGCAGCGUCUGCCCCGAGCUCACCCCGUAUCGUGGAUGACGCGCAGUAUAACCGCAUUUCGGUCGCCACUGGAGAUUCAGACCCAGGCCCAAAUGAUUCAGACGCGAUCGACCAAUGGCUUGCUCGUCUAGGAUACAAGCGACCCAUGGCUAUUCAAAGAUUCAUGAGGCGGCGUGUUGGGAACUGGCCUGUCUAUGCUCUGUUCCUGGGUCUUGGACAGAUCAUAUCGGCGAAUUCCGCUCAAAUGACCCUAUUUGUCGGCCAGGUAGGAGAAACAGCUACCAAAUUGUAUAUCAUCGCGGCCAUCUACUGCAUCUCAUCGAUUUGUUGGUGGUUCCUAUUCUGCUGCUUCCCGGCAUUGCUCGUUCUAUCUCUUCCUUGGUUCAUAUACUCCAUAGCAUUUAUCGUCAUUGGCAUUUCACCUUUUGGUGCCACAUCUCUCGGUCGGGCAUGGGCUCAGAACGUCGCCACAGGCAUCUAUGCCGCGGCCUCUUCUAGCGGCUCUCUAUUUUUCGCUCUCAACUUUGGUGACCAGGGUGCCGUCCCCAUCAAGGAUUGGAUGUUCCGCGCAAGUCUCAUUCAGGGCAUUCAACAGAUCUACACCGUCGCACUAUGGUUCUGGAGUUCGAGAGUCACCGCAGCCGAAGUUGGGGGAGUGUCGACCGUUGCAUUGAAUAACUGGAAACUCACAGCCGUGGUAAUGCCUAUCGCUGCUGUAUGCUUCAUCAUCGGCGUCAUCCUUGCCUUGGGUCUGCCUAAAUACUACCGUCAAUCCCCCGGUAAAAUCCUCUUCUUCUACACCUCCCUCCUCCGUCGCCGCAUUGUGCUUUGGUUCUUCUUCAUGGUCAUCGUCCAGAACUGGUUCCUCGCUGCGGCAGUGGGUCGCAACUGGUCGUUCCUUUGGUCCUCUAAACAUGCUAAGACGUGGGAAAUUGUAAUCCUGGUGGUGUUCUUCUUCAUCAUCCUGUGGGUGAGCAUUCUCAUCAUCUUCCGUAUCCUGUCAAAGGAACACAGCUGGAUUCUACCGGUCUUUGGACUGAGUCUGGGUGCACCGCGUUGGGCGCAAACUUGGUGGGGAACGUCCAAUAUAGGGUACUACCUCCCGUGGGCUGGAAGUCUGACUUCAGGUGCUAUUGUGUCCAGAUGUGUCUGGCUUUGGCUCGGUGUCCUCGAUGAGAUCCAGCAGGUCGGUCUGGGUAUGAUUCUUCUGCAGACCCUGACAAGAGUCCACGUUUGCUUCGUCCUGCUGGCUGCACAGGCUAUCGGAUCCAUCGCCACGAUCUGUGCUCGUGGAUUCGCGCCGAAUAAGCUCGGCCCCGGAGACAUAUCUCCUAACGUGGGCACAUCUGUCGACAAAGUUGGGAAUGCGUGGUUCUGGAUCUCGUUGUUCUUCCAGCUUCUCGCCGCUUGGGGAUUCCUCCUAUUCUACCGCAAGGAACAACUCAACAGGCCAUAAACUGCAUGCUUUGCAGCAACCAUAUCGGCUACAGGCCGUCAAAAUUAUGAUUCUACUCAUGAUUCGCGCACAGUCUCCCCGACCAUGACCCUUUUCACUCCGCCUGUUCCUAUUCUGCAUAAAUCUUUCUCGAGCCUUUGUCAUGGGUCAAAUAUCCUGCCUACAAUCUCAUUCUGGGCGGAAUUUUGCUUCACACGUAUUAUCCUGCGGUGUUGAUUGGAUAGGACGAAAGUUUAUGUUAUGAUAUAUACUCUCAUAAUUGCAUGUCUUGUUUUAUUAUGAAGGAUUGUCGCUGGUGGUUUUGCAAUAUACCAGGUGCUUAGUGAUUUAGCUUUGCUGUUGUUUUUGUUUAAUUGUACAUGAUGAUGAUUGACAUAUAGACACUCUUUGGCUACA